CCGAUAUGCACUUCGGCUAGACUUCGGCUAGCGAAGAGAUUUCCGUAAGGUUUCCCGUACUCGGCGGGAUGCCGUGGGGUGUGCUUGGCUUGGCUUGGCGCAGUGAGUCGGGAUUGUGAGGCGUUGGUGCUGUGCUGGCCCGGGGGUUUGUCCUCCGAUAUGCUCUUGUGUGGGCGUCUAUUUGCCGGCCGUUGCUCGUCUUCGAUCCUUCCCAUAGUAGGAAAGAUUGGCAUGCGAACUGGGGGCCCCAGAGUCGUCCGAAGUGGGGAAUUCGGGGUUGCUGGACUACGACUGGGCGCUCGAUGUUGGUCUGCACACCCCGUGGAGCUUUACCCCGGCCAUGUUAAACUUUUACCUCCAUCAAGAAAAGGUAUAAAGGCUGCCGCUCCGAGGAAGAUCAGAUUUCCACAGCCUGGUCCUACUGUGUGCUCUUUUUCCCUCCCCGGUCCCCCAAUUCUACAGUGUCUUCCACGUUGCCGAACAUGGCAGGCCUUCAAUUCAACGUCGACUGGAAGUCGAAUCGACGGGCCAUCGGCUUUUGUCUAGUGGCUGCCAUUGGUGCUCUUUGCUACGGUUACGAUACAAUCUACUAUACUGGUGUGCAAGGAAUGACCUGGUUUGCGAAGGACUAUGGAGAGGAGGGCUCAGACGGUUCCUUCUCGCUAGGAACAACGUUCCUGUCCUUGUCUGCCAGUAUCAUCUAUGUGGGAGAGCUCAUCGGGGCACUCGCCGCCGCUCCCAUCAAUGACUUUUUCGGCCGACGUGCCGUGUUCCUGUCUGCCUCGAUCUGUAUCAUCGUCGGUGCCAUCGUGCAAGCCUGUUCAUUUGGGUCGCACCCAGUCUUCUACAUCAGCCGUGUCCUGAUCGGUCUGGGUGUCGGGCAGUUCACCGCCACCUGUCUAAUUUACAUCGGCGAGGUGGCACCAUCGGCCAUCAGAGGUCCAGCUCUGAUGUGCUUCCAGUUCAUGCAGUCCAUCUCGCAACUGGUAGGAGCCUGCGUCAACCAAGGCACCCAGGGGAUCCAAAGCUCCCAAUCCUACCGCAUCCCCAUGUGCCUCCUCGUCGUCCUUCCCGCCAUCAUGCUUCUCUGCCUUCCAUUCACCCCGGAAAGUCCCGUCUGGUACAUGUACAAAGGCAAACGCGAGCAAGCGAUCAAAUCCCUCCGCAAGAUCAACCGCAGCAUGCGCGACUACGACCCGUCCGCUGACAUUCAAGCCAUCGACGACGCAGUCCGACAAGAACAAGAAAUGGCGAAGGACGCCACCUGGGCCUCCUUGAUCACCGACCCCAUCGAGCGCCGCAAGCUGUUCUACGCCUGUGGCGCCAUGUUUGUUCAACAAAUCAACGGCAUUCAGUUCUGGUAUACCUACGGCGUCGUCUUCGCGCAGUCCAUCGGCGUCGCGGACCCCUUCACCAUCAACACCAUUAUCUACGUCCUACAGAUCAUCACUGUCGGUGUCUCCGUCGUCUUCGGGAACCAAAUCAAGCGCCGCACGAACCUCCUCGUCUGCUCAUGCGGGAUGUUCGUCUCCCUACUCACUGUUGGCGGUCUCGGAAUCACCAAGGACGCCGAUGGCACCCUCAGCCGUGGCAUUGGCAUUGGCAUUGUCGUCCUCGCAUACGUCAACAUCAUCUUCUACAACUUCUCCAUCGGAACCCUCUCCUACUCCAUCGCAUCGGAAAUGUCCGUCGGCCGGAACAGGAACAAGAUCACCUCCUGCGCGAUGGGCGUGUUCUUCGUCACCGUCUGGCUCAUGGUCUUCACCAGCCCCUAUAUGUACUACACGGCAAACCUAGGGCCGAUGAUUGGAUUUAUCUAUGGGGGUACCACGCUGUUCUUGCUGGCGUACUCAUGGUUCUGUGUUGGUGAGACUGCGGGGCGCAGCAAUGCGGAUAUCGACAGGCUCUUCCAGGAUAGGGUUCCUGUUCGCGAGUGGGCAACGUACGUUAUCCCUGCCGAUGAUGGGGAGGACCUGAAGAAGAAGGGCACGAGCGAUGAGCAGAUCGAGGCGGUAUGAGCUCUAUGAUAGCAGCUAUCUGGUCUAAUCCAGGAGCGUUGAUGUAACAAAGAUUCACAUAUCGU